CUGUGUGGAUGGUCAUUUGAAGAUCUCAAGUUUGCCACGAUUAUAUCACCUCAAGCUUUGGGAAAGAUAAUUCCAGAGACCUGCAAGGCUAUAUACAAGGCUCUAAAAGACGAAUAUUUGAAGUUCCCAACCUCUUCAGUAGAAUGGCAGAAUAUUGCAAAGGAUUUUGAAUCAAUGUGGAACUUCCCCAAUUGUGGUGGUGCCUUGGAUGGUAGGCAUGUGGCUAUUGUUAAACCUGCCAAUGAAGGGUCAUACUACUUCAACUACAAGGGAUACCAUAGUGUUGUUUUGCUGGGACUUGUAGAUGCCAACCUGACUUUUAUUAUGGCCGACGUAGGAUGUAAUGGAAGAGUUUCAGAUGGAGGUGGAAUAGAAGAGACAACGUUUUACAGAACAUUGAAGAAUGGCGCACUUGCCCUUCCGAAAAAUGAUGAUACCGUGGGGAAUAUGAACUUCGUUUUUGUUGCAGAUGAGGCUUUUGCGCUGAGGGAAAACAUUUUGAAACCUUUCCCCUGUAAAGACCUGACCCAUGAAAAACAAAUUUUCAAUUACAGAUUAUCCCGCGCACGACGAUGUGCAGAAAACGCAUUUGGAGUGCUUGCAGCACGUUUUCGUAUUUUUCAUACAACGAUUAAUAUGCAGCCAUUGAAAGUGAAUGACAUUGUGAUGGCUUGUGUUGUUCUACACAACUUUCUUAGAAGGAACCAUGGAACCCAGUAUACUCCAGGUUCAAUGCUGGACAGAGAAGAUUUAGAAGACACAGAUGUUGUUGAAGGUGACUGGAGGAAUGAGCAACCUGAAGGACAUUUUGAUAUGAUUUGCAGUGUGCGCCAGGUGACUCCUGCUACGGAAGUGUCUGCCAGUCGAGAUAAGUAUGUUGAAUACUUCAAUGGGCCAGGAAAGGUACCAUUUCAAAACAGAAUGGUGGGCAACAGAUUAGUCCGGUAGCAUCUUUGGCUGCACAGUAGCUUACAUUAGCUUAUUUCAGCUGAUAGUUUCAAAAUAAAUUUUGAGAGAUCCUUAAAUCGUGUGCUUUACUUUAUACAGCCUACCCUAUUUAAAUAGCUCUGUCAAGCUAGUCGCAGCCCCUUAUAUGAACCUACUUCCUGUGUUUUAACAGAUUCUCAUUACACUUCUAAAAACUGUCAAAAACUCCGGGCUUAUGAAUGUUUUGUUACACAUGGAAGCCGACAUGGUUCCUCCGUAGUACCACAACUCAUCACACUGUCUGUUCGUGUGGCAUGUAGAUACACGAGUCUGGCUCGGGACCGCCCACACACAUACGUAGCUGAUUCCAAAAGUAAGGUCUCCAAAGCGCUGGGUAAUUUUUCGUGUGGCUAUUGGCAACCCUGUUGCAUUUGUUGCUUCCCCCACUCCCUCCACUACCACCAAGCAUGCGCGCACAUAGCUAGGACGCUCAGUCUUGGCACGGUUGCCGUU